AUUUUAGAUGCCUGAAGGAUCAGAUGCAUCUUGGACUCAAAAACUAUGUACCAAUUUAGGUAAAAAUGAUAGGUUUUCAAAACCUAAAUUUGGUGGAAUGGAUUUUACAAUUAAACAUUUCGCUGGUGAUGUCAAAUAUUCUUCAGACGGAUUUUUGGACAAAAAUAAAGAUACAGUUUUUGAAGAUCAAGUGUGUAUUUACAGUAUAAUUUUAUUUAAUAUUGUAUCCAAACAUUUUUCAUUUUAUAAUAUAUAUUUAUUUUAG